CUUCCGUUUUGUCUGACACUCAACAUAAAACAUCUUGUGUAAGCUAAACAAGUGAAACAGUGAAUUGAAAUGCUGCAAGUUAUUCUGCUUCUUCUGCCUGGUGUUGUCAGUGUUGAGUGGCGUGUGAAUUAUUCUUCUCCGAUCUGUGCUGCGAGGGGAUCCAAUGUCACUACUGACUGCACAUUUACAUAUCCACGGAAGCAACGAGUACAGCAAGUGCGAUGGUGUUCAAUGAAAUCAAACCAUGAUCAAAAGUGUAUGAAUGGGCCAUAUGUUUAUGAUAGUGAAGCCAACAAUAAUCAAAACAACUUUCAAUACAUUGGAGACAAAACCUCAAAUUGUUCUCUUUUGAUCAGUAAUAUUAAUCAAACACAUUCUGGAGAGUAUAAAUUCAAAUUUAUAACCAAUGACAAUGAAGGACGUUGGACAGGUGAUCCUGGAGUGGAAAUUUCAGUACACGAUUUAAAAGUGUACAUGAGCAGGUCAAGAGAAAAUGGAAGCACAGUGGUUGGCGACUCUUUGAAUUUGACAUGCACACUCGACUGUCCUGGUAAAUUAACAGAGGUUCAGUGGUUUAAGAAUGGUGAUCCGAUUCAACAGUCAGAGCCCGUCCUCACCUUCAGCCGAGUAACUGCUAAAGACUCUGGGAAUUACUCUUGUUCUUUAAGAAACUUUAAAACAACUGUAUCUGAAGAAUUUACAAUUUACAUUGAAGCAGAUGUCACCAGGACCCCAGCAGUUCUGAUUAUUGUAGUGUCUUUAGUCUCACUUGCUUUCAUCACUGCAGCUGUGAUGCUUAUAAGAAGAAGAAAGAAAAGAACUCAAAGAAAACCAAUGGAAGAAAGAGAAGAAGCCCAGGAUCCUCUUUACAACACUCUCCAAAAAACUGCUGACAAAAACGUACCGAAAGCCAAGGAUGUACAGCAGGAAGAUGAAGUGGAAUAUUCAUUUGUCAGCAUUAAACCCAAAAAAUGGCUUCAAGUAUCUGCCAACACAGUGCAGGAGAAUGAUUCAACCAUCUACAGCGCAGUGAUGAAUGGUUAAUCUUAUAGGCCUACUUUUAUACAGAUGUGUGUUUGUGCAUCCUGGUAUUCCCUACAUUAUCAGAAACAACUAUAUUACAUAUUGUUGCUCUUUGGUUGGUUUUGAUUGCUUCUGUUGUCCUCAUUUGUAAGUCGCUUUGGAUAAAAGCAUCUGCUAAAUGACUACAUGUAAAUGUAAAUGUUAAUUUUUGACCUUGACCUUUUGACCUAAUUUUUGGUGCCAGCUAUAAAUAAAAAGGCUACUGAAGAACAUCGAGUAACUUACAGGUCUUAUCUGUUUACAUGCUACUAUGGCUUGUUUUGAACAUGUUUGUAUGGAUUUUUAACAUUUAUUUACAUAGCAACUGGACAUACAGUUUUGUGGUAUUAUUUUGCAAGUUUUACUUUAAUACUUUUUUAAAUUGUAAGGAAUGUAAUGAAUGUGCAACUAGGCUAUG